AUGCAGCACGAUGCCUUUACUGAAGAAGAUACGGAGUUACUCCUUCAUAACGCAAAGCAUAUUUUGGCUGUCUCCCCAGAUGCUGAGGACGAGAUGUGGUCAGAGUUGGCCGACUCUAAAAAUAAACAAUCAGCAAAGGAAUGGAAGGACUAUUUCCAUACAUUUGUUAGACCAAUAUAUGAAUCCAAAUUGAAGAGGAAGAAACCUGCCGCAGCCAGGACUAGCAACGUCUCUGACACUGCAGUAAAAUUACCCAAAAAUAUCAAGGCUCUGGGUAACGAGCAAAAUAAUGAAACCGGUAGCAGUAUACAACAGGUUAAAUAUAAACGACGAAGGACCCUGCCCAACAGUUUCGGAACUAACGGCUUCUCUACGGAUGUGGAUGCUCUAGAUCUCAAAGGCAAGAGGCGAGCAACUGACUAUGGGUCACGGACUAUGCCACCUCCACCUAGCAGCAUAUCUAAAGCACCUAGUACCUCGUCUCGCAAUAUUGCCGUUGACCGACCUGAACAAGACGAAACCGCCCCUCGACAUGGUAGUCAUCAAAUCUCACACCCAUCAACUACAACACCACAUUCCUCAAAACCACCUUCCACGCCAAAGAAGGCCCAACAUAAUGUCAGCGAAGAACAAGAUGAAGGCGCAGAUCAAGUCGACGAAUGGAUCAAAUUUACACUCGAACGCCACGGAGGUCUGAUAUCCGAAGAACAAGUCAAGACGGCUCUUCUCUGCACGACAUUAGACCCAAUACUUGCAGAGAACGUUCUCUUAUCCUUCAAAGCAGGGGAAGGAAUCCCGACGAACGUAAGAGGUAUUUGGACCGAGAGUGAUGAUGACCAUCUUCAGGGAGAAGACCCUGAAGCCAUUGCCCGUGUGGAAGUAAAGCAUGGAUGGAGAGAAGUUGACUCUAGGUUCGAGCACCUAACAGAAAGAAACGAGGAAUCAUACGGAGAACUAUGGAUGUCGGAAAAAGCGUACACAAUAAAGCCAGUCAUAGCGCCUAUGUUUUAG